AUGCCCCAUGAGCUCCUAGGCGAUCCCUUUCCCGCGCACGCGCGGACGCCGGAGUCCCAGCGCUAUUUUCCCUCCUCCUUUGCCUCCUCCACCGCGCGGGUCGUCAAAAGUCAUCCGUUUUACACCGCCGCGGCGAUGAUUUUACCCGAACGCUCCCUCGCGCCCGAUCGCGACCCUCACGAGGGCCUUUCCCCCUCCCGCCGGGGGCUUCUUGCCUUUCACGACGGCGAAACCGUCGAAUUGGACGAGUUGGACGAUUUGGUGGGGGAAAACGCGAGGUCGGAGCCCCCCCCGGCGGAGGUUUUCCGCGAUCUGACGAACACCACCACCGCCGUUUGGUGCGAAGGCGGCGCGAAGGUGACCCCCGCGAGGCGCACCUUCCCCUCCUCUCACUUUCACCCGAUGGAGGACGCCACAACUACGGCGGAUUCGACCCUGAACGCGGGCGAGACGGCAAUCCCAGGGGAUUUCAACACGGAGGUGCUUUUCAGCCCCCCACCCGCCCCGGCGCGAGGGGAGUGGGGCGAAACUCACAACCCCAAAGACCACCGAUCGCCCUCGGAGGAGUCCUUUUUUACCGACCUCGCCGCGGCCCCGCGGAAGAGUCAUCUGCGCGGGCUCAGCGAGCCGAGUUCGAUCUCCCACGAGGCCCCCACUGCCGGGGAAGUGGCGGACGAAACGAGCUCAAACGCUCCUCCCUCCCUCCGCGAGGGUCCUCGCGUGGAGGAUUUUCAGACUUUUUCCUCGGCCCCAUCGAAUCCGACCGUCUCCUGCGAGAUGGGGGGGGUCGUUUGUGAGGAGUUUUCCUUUUCUUCGCACGCGCCUUCUCGCGUGGCGGUUUUCCCCAACCCCCACUCGAUCUCAAGCGGGGAUGAAGAAAAAGGAGCAAAUGACGGCGGCGGAGGGGGUCCCGCGGCCCCUUCCGCGUGCGGGAAUCGCGCCGAGGCGGCUUCGGGGCCCCUUCCCUGGCCCCGAUCCGGGGCUUUUCCCGCUUUGGCGCUUUCAACUCAGGAAAAGGCGCCUUCUUGGGGGGUGGCUCACCCAUUUCGACGUUCGCUUCACCUGACGCCGGAGGAGAGCGGGGGGUAUUCGCAAAUCAGCCCCGCGACGACCUCGCAGGCCACGACGACCCUCGACCUCGUGGAGGAACUCGCCCAACUCGCCGUGCGGGGCUCCCCCGCGCAAAAGAAACUUCUUUUCGACGAGGCCAACGACAACGAGGAGGCCGCCCCCGCCAGGCGAUGUCUCCCCCCGACGGCGAUUCCGCCCUUUUCCGCCUCGUUCUGGCGAUUUACCCCCUUUUCCUCUUCCGAUGGCCGCGAAAAAGGGGGAAUACGGGGAAAGGCGACAAAAGAAGACGCGGACGAUGUGUGUUUCACCCCGUUUGCGGAGGAGAAGGGGGGGCGGAUUUUCGAAAGGCGCUCCGCGAUCACGAUUAUCGAUGCGAGGGCAGAUAAGGGAGGCUCCAGGAGGCGUCGCGUGGAUGAAUCCCGCCGGCCCAGCGGCAUGCAGCUCCUUCGAUCGCGAAAACGAUGCCUGGCGGAGAUGGCCCUCGCGGAGGCCUCCAACGGGAGCGGGACGGUCCUGACGCCUCACACACAUCGGGAUUUCCCUCAAAUUACCCAAUCGUCGUCCGUAAAGGGCGCGAUGGGUGGGGAUGCGGGGGCGGGAAGCCGCGGGGAGGGGCUUCGCGAGCGAACUUCGACGACUUCUCAUGCUGGCAGGGCGAAGGGGUUGGUGGAGUGGUCGAAACGCCAUCGGCAGGAGGUCAUGGCGAGUAUUUCUCGAGAUAACAUCGAUCAUCCUCACGAUCGCCUCCUCCACACAGAAAACCAUAAUAAUAGCGGAAAUCAUUCAAGACUUCACAAAUUUGUUGAGGGGAAGUGUGAUAUUGCAGGAGAAGAGAGAUGGGAGAAACUAAACGAGGAUGAUGAGGCGUCUAUGGAGAAUAUUACUUACUAA